AAUAUGUCUUGGCCCGAGCAUCAAGUGUAACUUCAGGCCGCAUCUCAUGCCAUUUCUAAGGCUUCGUAACCCUUGCUGGUGCUCAUGUUCAUCCCAGUAAAAGACGUUGGGUAGUAUGAUCUCCAUAACACAGAACGAAAUGGAUGACAGGAGUAGGCUACCAUGCUCUUGGGGCUGGGGUAGGGGUGUGAGCCUCAUCGUGCGUUCUGUAUAAUAUCUUGAAGUUUCCUCCCAAAAGUUUUCUCAUCACCAACUCUUCAGUUACUGUCUUUGACUUCCACACUCUUUUCUGGUUCUGAGAAUCAUACAUUCUUUUACACUCCUUUAUUGCUUUUUUCAUCUUCAGGCCGGUCCAUUCUUUACAAAAGUCAAACGAUCCUUUCUGAAUUCUUGAUAUCAUCAAACUGUUAUUCUCAAAAUGUAUACUCAAGCAGUUAUUCUUUCGGCCCUUGUUGCUAUAACCGAGGCUCGAUUUGGCCAGGAGCAAGUCCCAAUCCCCGCCAUUCAAGCUCUCAGCAACUUCGGUUCAUCCGGCCAGGCAGCUACCCUCGCUGGCCAAUCGAUUUCGUUCUUGCUCGCUGCCGCGAACCCUUGCGGUAAGCUUCAACAAGCCGAUCUGAUUGUGUCAACACUCGGCACCGAUGCUCAAGUCAUCGCGGCAGCCCGAGGACUCGCUGGUGCGGAACAGAACUUCAACCCCUUUGUGGUCUCUGUUCCGUCCAUUUGCUCCGACCCUACUCUUCCGACUACGGCCGCAUUGCGAGGCGUAGUGCCCCUUGUUGACCCUUCCGUAACUGGUUCUGAUGUUGAGAAUGCAAAUGCUGCAACUUCUCUCACUACCCCUUUUACGGCUGAUGGUUUGAGUGUUGCUGAAGUCAUGGUCGCUCAAGGCUUCUCCAAUUUCACCACAAAGGCUCUCGAUGGCACUGUUGGAGCCGCUUCUGGCAGCUCCGCAUCAGCCUCAGUUGCUGUCUCAUCCGCCUCCAUCGUGGCUUCUUCUGUUUCCCAAGCUGUUGAGGCAACUUCAAGUGCAUCUGUUGUGGCAUGUGGUGGAGUAGCGUCUACCACCUUUGUGACUAUGACUAGAUCCGCAUCUUCGACAUCUGCUUCUGUCGCCGCUGAAGCUGCGGCUUCUACCGCCUCAGUCUUUGCUUCAGGCACAGUAGCAAGCUCCGCUGCCGCUGCGAGCGGAGCAGCUCGUGCUGCCUCUUCCGAUGCUGUGGCUGGUGUCUUCCCAGGCUUCGUAGCUUCCACGAUCUCCGGUCUCGACUUCGGCCAAUGUGUACCAACCAUGAAGUUCGAGGCUGGACUUGAUGGCCGAGCUGACACCGAAUCUACCUUCCAAGCUAUUGAUCCCAUUGUCAACAAAGGCCAAGAGGAAGCUUUAAAUCCCAACAUCAUUACCAAUCGAAUCUGUGACCAAUUGACCAACGUUUGCGGAGCUAAUGCCGCUGCGAAGACGGCUUGCACCGCUGCCAAGGCCCAGAUCUCUGCUCUUGCUACCAAGGAUGCAACUACUGCUGACGCGUGGAAUACCGCAUUGGGCUUCGCUGGAACAAACACCAACCCCGAUAAUGCCCCUCAGACUGGUUUGGUUGGUCACGAUUAAGUUAUGAUGUGAUGAGAAACGAUAUUGUAUCUUACUUUGAGUCGGAAGAAUAAGAGCUUGUGUAUGAUAGGACGACAUCUAUGGGGUGCAUAGUUUUAUGAUUCAUGGACUCUUGCUCCUGAAGUUGUAAGAUAUGAUCUUUUGAACACAUAGUGGGAAUAAAUGAAAC